AUGCAAGAGCUAAGGGAGAAAGCCCACGGGGAACUCCCUGGCUGCCUGUCGGUGCAUUGGGGAGCUGGGCUACCAGGGAACAGCGGGCAUUUAACCCAACAACUCUGCAUGCUUGAUAAAGAGGGCGUAAUCCGAUGUUCAGAGCUCGAUGGGCCUGAUGUGUCAAACACCGAAGUUAUCCAAAUUCCCCCUUUUCCCGCUGGCGAUCACGUGCUUGUUAUUGCACUUUACACUCCUCCUACAGAAGAAGGAACCACAUGUAUGGCGCUAGGGACCCUGAAGGGAUCGGUGAUCCUAUUGGAGCUCCUCCCUGGCAGGGCAAGCUCUGCGUACACACCAGACAGCUGGUCGGUUUCUGCAAAGGCGCUCAACUCGCAUGCAGCACCUCUUGAUGCAGUGACUUGGAGUCCCGACGGCCGUUUCCUAGCCACUGCUGCUGCGGACGGAUCGGUCAUCACAUGGGAACGACAACGCUUGUUUCGGCGACGACAAUUUCAAGCGCAAUCUCAAGAAGGUGGAGGGGAAGGUGGCUUCGCAAUUGGAGGUGGGGGGGUGACAGCCCUUUGGUGGGGAGCGGAAGGAGAGAACCUAUUGUUGGCAUUUGGUGAGCUGGUGGCAGUUGCGAAAUCAGCAAUAAGCGGCAAGAGAGAGGCAGGUGCAGGGCAAGGGGGAGAAGCCCAUGAUGAGGUUGAGAUGAAUACCUGGAAGGCGCACGAGGGCGGGGAUAACCUAACACAGACACAACAAAGAAUUAGGACAAAAGAUUCAAUUGUUGAUUUUGCCUUAAUCUAA